AUGCGACAGAAGUACAUGCCGAGGUGGAGCGCCAAUAUCUGGAAAAGGAAACCUGGGAAACCUGCAGUUUCAUCUAGCAUAAACUGGCACGAGCUUUUCUUAUUCCAUUAUCGCCAAUACGAAGAAUCUCUUUACAGCCUCAAAUUACCCCAUCAAGACAUAUCUCACACAUGCCGAUUCGUGGGCGACAUCGGAUCAAAUAAAGUCCAAAAGUUACUGCAGGCCAAACGUGCUUUGCAGAUAGCGGAGGCGUUUUUGUGCAGUAGCGGUCUAUCGAUUACAAUUUACAGCGAAUCGAACCCUUAG